AUGGCACCUUCAAAAAAAGGACCGAAACAAGAAAGGAAGCCGAGAAGUGCAAUGAGUGAAGUGGUAACACGUGAGUAUACCGUUAAUCUGCAUCGACGAUUGCAUGGCGUUGGUUUCAAAAAGCGUGCUCCUCAGGCUAUCAAAGCAAUACGGAAAUUUGCAGAAGAACAGAUGGGUACAAAAGAUGUACGCGUUCAUAUACGUUUGAAUGAAUUUUUGUGGUCCAAAGGCGUAAAGAAUGUUCCAUAUCGUGUACGUGUACGCCUGUCACGACGGCGUAAUGAUGAUGAAAGUUCUGCAGAUCGACUGUAUACAUUGGUAACGCACGUUCCUGUUACAACAUUUAAGAAGUUAACAACAGUAAAUGUUGAUAAUGAGGAAUGA